AAAUGAUCAUUAGAACGCCAUGUAUCUCUUCACUAGUCUUCAUCGGACUGGUGAUAGUUCUGGUUCGCAGCGAAUUACUGCCCUCCCUGGAACUCAAACCCACCGGCUACGUUAACUUCAAGAACGAGACCAAGACCAAGACGGCUAGGAACUGCUUCUCCCUGUAUCUUCAGCUUGAUGAUGAGGUUCAGGACAAGCAGCAUAUCAUCAGUAUCAGAAGUGAGAGUAGGACUGAACAGUUUAUCAAGGUAUCACUGAUACAGAUGAGGCUGUCAGUGCUGGCUAACUUGAGACACCCUGCAGUCAGCCGGUGGUUCAUGGUCGGCAAGGAAUUCGUCCCUAACGAGGUGUACUACAUAAAGAUAGAUCAGAACGGCACAGAUAUCCACAUUACAAUAAACAAUGUGACUACUAGUGAGAGUUUGGAAAGUGUGGAGGAUUUCAUAUACCCUGCUGAGAUCGUCAUAGGAAAUGCCUCGCCAACCCGGGGAGUUAACGGCUCUAUAGCUGGUCUGGUGUACAACGGUGUGAGUACCCUGACCAGCUACCUGAGAAGAGAUGAUGACUUUAGGAAUGUGGCCGUUCAAAUGGGAGGCGAGGUAACCGUCAAGGAGAAGGACUGGAUUACUAUCGACGAAAGAAACAAGAAGUACUGUUCACACACGAACCACUUCCCCAAAAGUGAGGUCGGAACCGAGAUAACGCUGGAAAACUGCCAACAAAACAUCGCACGUGCUAUCUGCGGGGAAAACCAGAUCUGGCUGGUGGAGAAAUGUAACGAAGAUGGCAAAUCAGUGAAGGGCCGGUCAGAGGAGGAGGAAAACCCACAGCAGAAAUCGGAGAGAUUUCCUAAAAAGUAUCUUAUAAUUUACAUUGGAGCUGGCGCGUCAGCUAUACUCUUCAUUACUAUCAUCAUAAUAGCCGUGCUCGUUAAGCGCAGUAGGCGGAAUAAGGUACACCGAUACAAAAUGGCUAAGAAUGUGGACUACCGGGACGACUACAAUCCCGCCAACUUCCCAAACCGGUUAAACGGGAUCUCAACCCUCCCCGCACUCAAACACGACUCUCUGACCACCAAACCCCGGCCCAGCUCCAUGGAGAUCUCCUGUUCCACCCUGGACAACCCCGCCAGUGACAUCAUGGACAACAGAAUCCCGGUGUUUGCAGCCACCACUAACCCGCUCAGCAAGCCCGAGGACUUGUACCCAGUCUACCUGACCAGCGAGCCUAACCCUGAGCGAGACUCGGACAUUAUCAGCACUAUUCUGGGCGAGAGAGCCGAGAGGAACUAUACAAACCAAUUCAACAACGCUAGCCUCAUGCCCAACAGUUUGUUGAACUCCAACUCCGGGCUUAACUCUGAGAUGAGCAGUUGGCAGGACGUUUGAGAGGGAGAGAAGGGGGUGAGACACCCUGUUAUGUUCAGUUAACUUGUGAUAGUGUGUAGAGUUCUGAGGCGAAAGAACAAGCAGUAAAACAUUAUCAGAGAAAAUUGAUGUUUUGUGUUCAAGUUGCGUGUGAGACUGGAUUGAGGCAAUGCCGAGUUGCUGACAAGUAGAGAAUGAUGAUUCAGCUCUAUGAUAAAAUCAGAGGACUCUUUCAGAACGUUAAUGUUGAGACCCAAUAUGAAUGAUUGGGACAUUGUCUAUUAGCGAGACCAGUGUAUGAAGAAUAAUUUAUUAUGUGCACACUAACAGAGCUGUCUUCAUAACUAUAGGUAUAUUCCUAAGACCCACUGGUUAUGAAAUACCAAAAUAAUAAAGCUGUUGAGAAUUAACUUGUAGUGAUGAUCACUGUACAACUAUAAUCUGUAAUUAAUUUCAUGGCUUUUGCUCUCUUGCUUUCGGUUUGAACUCAUUUAGAAGGGCUUUUCUUUUAAAUGCCAUUGCAUAAUGCAUAUAUCAUCUUUAUUCAAAUUCCAAUUUUUAUACUUCAGAUUGUAACAAUUUCUGUGUUUAGCUGC